AUGUGCUCACGGAGCUUUGUGGUCCAGAGGCGAAAUGCCAAGACUUUGGCCAGAUACAAUUUAGGAGAAACCUUGGGCAGCGGUUCGUUUGGUGCUGUGGUGCGGGCGACCGAUCGAAUCUCUGGAGCCCCUAGAGCGUGGAAGGCACUGCAGAAGGGCAAGGACAAUGACAGCAUGUUCCGCAAGGAGGCUGCCACUAUGUCCGUCUUGGACCACCCCCACCUGUGCCGCCUCUUCGAUGUGAUCGAAGACCAAAUCUGCUUCUACUUUGUCAUGGAACUUUGUGAAGGCGGUGACUUGCAGCACUACCUGGAGGCUUCAAGUAAGAACCAGCUUCCAGAGCCUUCAGUAGCAGUCCUUAUGCGGCAGCUUUUCGGAGCCAUUCACUACUUGCAUGAGCGAUCCAUGGCGCACUCGGACUUUGCGGCUCGAAACAUCCUUUUGCUGAAGAGAACUGCAGAUGCUCCUUUGGAACAAUGCUCGGCGAAGCUGGCUGACUUUGGAAGCGUCCGCUCCUUUACCGCUGGAGCUGCAGUGGGCCCUCACAAGGGUGACAUAUGGGGCUUGGGACUUCUCAUGAGGGGGUUGAUCUGUGACAUCAGCCGAGUGCUAGGCACUAAGUCUCCAAACAGACGGCCUCUUGAUGCCCAGAUUUGGGCGGGGCACUCUGAUGAGGCACGAUGUUUGUGCGGCCGCCUUCUGCGCAGAGAUCCUGAAUCUCGAUGGACCGCCGAAGAAGCAUUGCACCAUGACUGGUUCUAUGUCGUGGAACUGCCACGGGCUGAAAUACCUGGGGGCAUUUUGCAGCGCCUCCGGCGCUUCGUCUCCGCUAAUGUACUGGUGAGAAGCAGCCUACAAGCCCUAGCGGAGCAGCGUGAAGGGCAUGAGCAGCUGUUUGCAGACAUGGAUCAGAAUUGCGAUGGGCUUCUAUGCCACAAUGACCUUUUCAUUUGCCUUACCGAAGUCGGAGAAGACGUUUCUAAAGAAGAUCUGCAGCAGUUGCUGCAAGAGGCGGACCCAGACAACAUUGGAGUCGUGGAGCUGAGCUGCUUCAAAGGAAUCAUGUUGAAGGAAAAGCACACCGACAGCAAACGUUGUUUGCAAGCUGCUUUUCGCAUCAUGGACCGAGAUAUGGACGGGAAGAUCUCAUGUGCAGACCUCCUUCGCAUCUUUCCCUCAAUGAAGAGGUCUGAGGCCACGGCCAUGGUUGCAGAAGCCGACAUGGAUGGUGACGGUGGCAUCAACCUCGAAGAGUUCACCGCAAUGUUGCGUCAAUACUUCAUCAAACCCGUUGAAGCCACAUCCACCUGGCCCAAGCCACAGCCAUCCAAGAACGAGUCCAUGGUAAAGGCCAAGAUUAGAGCUCUUGCUACACGCACCUUUCGCACUGUGGAAUAUGAUGCGGAGUCACGCUACAGCUGUGCGAUGAGCAGCUACAGCGGUGUGAGCCACUUGAGCCAGUUGAAUGACUCGGACUCUGACGAUGAUUCGGCACAGACGGAUGAGCCGCCGCCCAGUCGUCCUGCACAGAGUCGUUUACCUGGAGCUCCUAUGAUUACAGCGAAGGUGGACAAGGCCGAACUGGUUCGAGAUUCUGAGGCAUUAGAGAGGGCCAAAAGGGCUUCCAUUCAGCUGGGGCUUCAGCCGCAAGUUGCACAGAUUGUUUCACUUUAG